AAGUGAACCUAAUUUAGCCGGUUCGAUUUGAGAGAAACGACGUCGCUUUUAGAUUCGGGGCGGGUCUCAUAAGCAAAUUCGAUUUGGGAGCGAUUUGAGAGAUUAGGAGGAGGAAGAAGAAGAUGGGGUACGUGUUGAGGGUGAGAAUGGCAUCUUUCUUCGCCGGAGCUGCGACUGCGUCUUUCAUAGGCCUCUCUGUUCUCUAUAAGGAUUACAAAGUCGCUCACGAAUCCAUUUCUCAGCAGGCAAAGGCUUUUCAUGACUCUCUGGAUAGAAGGAUCUCUGCUCUUGAAAGCUUGAGACAAACUGAAGCUCCUCAGCUUCCCGAGACAACAACUGAUUAGUUUCUGUCUCAUACAUUCAUACUCUCUGCUUGCUGAUGACGGUGUUGAGUUGAGAUGCUUUUUUUUUUUUGCGUUUAUGAAUAACUUGGAAGUUCUUGUAUGACUACUGUUUAUCAAACAAUGAAGUUAAGGUGGUCUACAAUGGAUUUAAACUUGCUGUAACACUUGCAAUGAAAAAUUAUGUUUUGAUCUA